ACAAAGAAGAUAGUGAUUGGCUGGUUCUUGCUCAUGGGCUCCUGAAAUCUAACAAAUCCUAUUGCAUUUGUUCCAAGCUCUGUCUGGACACCUUUACGAAAAGAAUCUUCUUAUGUGCAAAGUAAAAUAUUUGGACUGUUAGAGUAGGAGUUGGAACUACUGGACUUGAAGGCAAGAGAAGAUAGCUUACCGAAGAUCCGUAAUUGGACUGAAUUGUACAUUAUGACGGAUGUUCCAGCAAUAUUAAGUCAGGUUGCAUGUAAUGGGGAAAAACCACCUGAAAAUGGCCAGCAAGCAAUCCCUAAAAUCAAUGAAGAACCAACUGAUGUGAACAGUACUCUGCCAUUCUGCAGGGAAGAACCCAGUCUGGAAGAUUUACCCCCAGAAGGAAAUCAGCAGGAAAGUGGAAAGUCACAAGGGAAUGUGCUGCUCAACUGGUCCACCGAUGAGCAUAUUCCAAAAGAAAACCCAGAAGAGAACCUCUUUAUUGUUCAUAAGGCUAUCACAGACAUUUCUCUUCAGGAAACAAGUGUUGAUGAAAUGACAUUCAGAGAAGGACAUCAAUGGGAGAAGAUUCCUCUGAGCAGCAGUAACCAAGAAAUAAGUAGACAAGAAGAAAGGAUUGUGGAACAACCUUGGGAAGGGAGAGAAGAUAUGGAUAAGAAGAAAGCUUAUGAGGCAACUGAAAUUGAAUGGUUAGGAUUUCGGAAGCCUACCCAAGCUGACAUGUUGCACUCUAAACAUGACCAGGAGCAAGAGGUGUGGGAGGAAGAAAUUAAUAAUGAUGAUGAUGAUUGCAAUGAUGGUGAAGAUGAAGUUCGAGUGAUAGAAUUUAAGAAAAAAUAUGAAGAGGGUUCUCAAUUUAAGGAGGAAGGUGAUGUAAAUGAGGACACCCCACUGAGCAGUCCUGGUUCCCAACCUGUGACACCUGAUGAGCAGCCAACCUUAGGAAAGAAGAGUGAUAUCUCCCGAAAUGCUUACUCAAGAUACAAUACAAUAUCCUAUCGGAAAAUCAGGAAAGGGAACACAAAGCAAAGAAUUGAUGAGUUUGAGUCUAUGAUGCAUUUAUGAACUAACUGGAACUGAGAAAUGCUCACACCCACUAAAGCAGAAGCUAAUCCUAUUGUCCUGAGAUGCAUCUUUCUACUCCUUAUUUGAGUUAUCCACAUGAAAGAUGUGCAAGCUUGCUUUCUUUUUCCCUGUAGAAUAACAUGGAACAACUUAAAAUCCAGUCUGCUAACUUCAAAUCACAAAGAUUUAGAUUUGUUCCUGGAUAUUUGCUUUUUAAAACAUCACUAAUACAGCAUUGUGUGGUAAGCACUAAACAACUAGUCCCCACUAGGGAAUCUGGCCUAAUUUAGCUUUAAAAGAAGCAAUGUUGAGAAAGAGAGUCAUCAAAUGAAAGAAGGACUAUUUGAAAUGAUUCCUAUAUUUUUUGUGUAUGUCUUUCUUCUUCUACAUCAGGAUUAUGGAAAGUCCAAUAUUAAACCUCUUUUACUUUUAAGCAUGGUUUUGUAGACUCUGAAAAAUCCAUUUUCAAAAUUAUUUACCUUUCCUAUCAUCCCUCAAAGAAAUUGUAAGUGGUUUUCCUUGGCACAUGCAGAGUGAAGAUUCUAUAAAUCUCCUUUGUAGGUGUUACAAUUCUCUGUAUUUUCUCACUAGAGGGAAUGAGCAACUGUCUGUCAGGAGAAUUUUGUUUGCUAAAUGUUGGCUUUAUGCUUUCAAACUGAAUUCAACCCAUUGUGAUGUUGAUGGAGGGAGGGGGUAGAAGAUUGGUGGGCAAUAGGCUAAAGAGUUAUAUUGGAUACUCUUUUUUUUCUGUGACUGAAAAUAACAUCUUGUCUAGCGCAGUUAAAGUCAUUAAGAAUAAAAAUGACAGCUUUAGCACGAUUUUAAGAAAAUGUCCCUCUAUUACCACAGUUUCUCUUAUUAACAGUAUCUCAGAAUAAUUUUCUCCCCUUAUAAACCUGAGACAACGCUAGUCAUAACUGUACUAGUUUCUAUGAAAAUGGAAAUAAUUAUCUUAGAAUAUUUUCAAAGUGGAGUGUGAGUAUGUAUUUUUAGUGAGAAAGCUCUGAUAGUUGUUAGGAAUACAUAAUUUACUGGACCUCAGCCCAAAUCAAGAUGCUUAAAAUUGUGCUUGUGGAGCUUCACUCAAACCAAUGUGUCAAAUAAUGUAUUGAAUAUUUAUGAAAAGAGAGUGUCUAUAUUUAUACUCUUUGAUAGUUUGUUCCACAAUUUUCACUUAUUGCUUCCAUAUAUAUUACCCUGAACUUUCUGUUAUCACACAUAAAGAUAUCUUUUAGCGCUUCAGAGAAAAAGACAAUACCUUAUUGUCUGGAUGUAAUACAGUCUUCAUUGUACUAUUCAACCCUUUGUUUAUUUCUGUCUAAUUUGGUGAAAAACUCUGGGUUAGUACUUGUUAGAGUAUCGCUUUUUUAUGUGUAACAAAUCCCACACACUCUAAUGGCAACUUCUUUAGUUCUUCCUGAUCAUGCAAUAUAUUUGCAAGGCAUAAUACACUAUUGUCUAAUGUUUACAAGACUCAAUUCUGAAUUUAGGAUUGAAGUGCUCCUUUUAUUCUUUCAAAGGAAUGCUUGACCACAUUACCAUUUCAAGUGAAAGUACCCUUAAUCUAUGGAACCAACAUGAGUGUCAAUUUGUAGAAUAAAGUGAGGGAAAGAAGUAGGACUAUUUAUAAUGUUAGGUAGAAAGUUGAUGCACUAGGACAAUUCCCUGUUUCAUUUACAUCUUCUAAGUAUUUCCACCUGGACCACCUAUUUUCUUUUCUGUUUUACUGCUUACCCCUAGAAUGUUCUCUUUACUUGAAAGCACAGCAUUGUGUUCUUUAUCAUGUAAUCUGAUAUACUCCAACAGAGGUAAUGACUUCUUGUGGAACUGAAGUAAGGUGGGAGGUCUAUGGCUGUGUGACAUGGUCAAGCAACUAGCCCUCAUGGGUGACACUGUACAGUAGCCCUAGUUUAUUUAGCUUUGUGUUCCCAUCAAUUAACCAAGCAUAAAACAUUCUGUAAACAAAACUACUGAUGGUUGUGUUUAAUUGCUUCAAGUUCAUGUAUGAGACAAGGUAGCUGCAAGAGAUCACUGAAACUGUUCUUUGUUACUGGUAUGCAUUGCCCUCUACUGCCAUCUUACAGAAAGGCCACCGAGUUAAGUAGCCUUAAAUAACAGGCUGGUGAUGGGUGUCUGCUUAAAUCUUGGGAGCCUAGGAAAGCCAAAGUUCUGGUUCAGAUUGCAUGGAGGAUAUUUAACAUAUUGGGAACACAGAUGGGACAUGGUUCAGAAUAUGAAUUUGUAAUUACACAUGAAAGCGUACCUGAGCUUUUGUGUUCAAGAUUCAGGGCUGGCAAGAACCCUGGCUAGUGAAGGGAGAGAAAACUGAUUUCUUGUGUAAAUGUGUCAUUUCUUACGUGACUUUUUCUUUUGCUUUGUUGCUGGAUGAACAGGAAUUAAUAAUAGCUCUAUUUCUCUGCAAAUUCAAAAUGUGUCUUUCAUACAAUGUUACAUUUGAAGACUCAGAAUUUACCAGAAUAUAUCAACUAUCUAUUAACAAUUUAAAUAAAGCACUACUGUGUUUCAUUUGUUCUCAAUGAAA